CUCCCAGAACAAAAUCCACCCAGUCUACGAUUGCCCCGCAUCGAACUCAAACACGCAUAUCAUGGAAACGCAUACAUUCACGGCCGUACACCCUUCCGACUUGCCCAAGACUCCAGCUAUGCCAAAAGCCAUGUUGGAGCGCAGACACGAGAAGGGACGUCAACGCCGCGUGGACGUGUUGUCCAGGAGAUUGGGUACGUAUACCGGCAGCGGGGUAAGCAAGAAGAAGAAGAAGAAGAAGUCCAAGGCCAAGGAGAGGGAAAGACUUAGGAGAAGCACAGCGAACGGACAUGCGUCUAGUGCUAUGUGUAAUAUUUAUGACGAGCAGGGUCGACACCUGACUUGUUGGGUUGGUUAUUUCCCGGACGUACGUUUUUCACUCUUUGUACUUAUCUACCGGCAUACGAAGAGAAUGGCUGACGUGUAUGCUCAUACAGACAUGUACACACGCCGACCUUCACACCACAUUCAGCGAAUUGGGGUACCCUCUCCAUCUUGCCCCUUCUCUUCCCUGUACUAACAAGAGAACAACAGCGUCAUAAACCGCAUCGAACUCAAACACUGCUUCGCCUUCAUCGAGUUCAAAACACACGAAGCCUGCGAACGCGCCGUAAUCACCUACACUCCUGGCCGCAAGUUCCUGGGCAAGAUAGUCAAUGC